GGCAGCCGCGGCUUCCGCUGUGCGACCCCGCGCUCAGCAUGCGUCCUGUGAGGAUUCGAAAGGUGCUGGUAUUGAACGCUGGUCCCGUGCUCAGAGCGCUCCUCCUUCCUAGGAGAGUCUCCCUCAGCGGCGCACUAUCUUCUCAAUGGGGCCCCACAGACAGCAGUGUUGCGGGCGGCGGAGGCGGUGGGCGCGGUAACGGGCUGAUGGGUGGAAAGGUCAAGGCCCGGCGUGGCAGCAUUUCUCCUCCCAGGAGGGCGUCCUCCGCUGCCUCCAAGUCUUUCCUGGCGGUGUCGGGGGCGGUUUCUAGAGACUGGCUCCGGCACGAGGUAGGGGAGGAGGUGGCGGCGUGCCUGCCGGUUGAGCUAGGCGGCGAUCUCGACCUGGCUGCGUGGAGCUGGGAGGGAUGGGUGGAACGACGCAUAAAGAAGGAAGACCUGGCGGAGUCUAACAUGAACCUCGCGGAAGUAGGCUCUGAGUUCGCGCCGGCCACGUGGCGGUACCUGGACGCUAGCCACCGCCUGGCGGAGGCCACCGGGACGCAGGACUACGCUCACGUCUUGGUCGAAGCCCUGCAGGGAGGCCUAACGGUUCCCGUGGCGUGGGUGAAACGGACCCUGGGCGACAUGGUGCAGGCGCGGGAGGCUCACGAGCCUCCUUGGCGAGGUGCAAGCAGCGGUGACGGCGCGAAAGCAUCGACAAGAAGAGCCACGAGCAAGGGCCUAAACCAGGAGUGGGCCCAGCUCUGGAAGGACAUGGGCAGGGACAUCGUGGAGAUCAGGGGAGAGCGGAUCGACGUAUCGGCCUCCGGCGGCGGCGGCAGCGCUGCUGCUGCGGCCACCCUGGCGAGGGAGGGAGGGGGCACCGCGGGAGCGGCGGGGGGUAACCCCGAGGUGGUGUUGGCGCCCCUGGCGAAGGAGAUCUCGCGCGCUGGCACGGAGGGGGGGAUCGUCGGGCUGACGGAGGUCCAGUGCUUCUUGGCUGCGAGGGACAUCCUGCUCUCCACCAAGCGUACGUCGAGCGGCGGGGACGUCUGGGUCUGCGUCGACCGCCUCUGCGGGAUGAGCCGCGAGCUGGUGGUCGUCUGCCCGGCUUCCAACGAGACCGAUUCCCUCCACAUCUCCGCGGAGUUCGAGAUCGACAACAGCAGCGACAGCUUCGGGCUCAGCCUCAGCAAGAAGAGAGAAGGGGGGGCGGCGGCACCGCUGCCGUCCCUCUUAUCGCCGGGUGCGUCGGUUACCCCGACAACGGCGAUGACUGCCGGGACUGCGUGCGGGACCAGCAGCGGCGAUAAGGCCGGAAACGUGUUGCCUCCCCCCCCUUUGACCGCGCCUUCGAGCGGAGGAGGUGGCGACGGCGGUGCCAGCGCCGCCGUUGCCGCUUCUGGUUUCACGUUGCCGUUACCACCCCCGCAACAGCAGCAGCAACAGCCGUUCUCUCCGUUGUCGGCCACUUGGAACGGCACCGGGUCGGGGAGAUGGAGCCCCGUGGAGAUGAACUCCGUGCUGGGCGUUAUUCCGGUCGGAGACUACGCCAUGGAGGCAGGAGGGGCAGCGGACGAGAAGACGGCACCGGGGCAACAAACGCCCCCGGCACGGCAGCCCGGCCGUGUUUCCAUGCCUGCCACCACACCCCAAGCCGCGUCCUGUGUCUCCGCCUGCUCUGAGGAUGCGAUCUACCCUUCCCGCAGAAAGUCGUACCCCGCACCUGCGGCGCUUCCUCUGGCUUCUCCACCACGCAGGGGCGUUGUUGUUGUUGCCGGGGAACCGGCGGCGGAAACGACGGCGGAGGUUAAGGAAAAGGCUGAAGGAGGCCAAGGUGGCGGUAGCACCACCAGCAGCGCCGGCACCGAGGGAGGGGCAGGCACGGCCAGAGGAGGGGAUGAUGAUGCGGCCAAGCUUGCCAAUGCUACCAGGAAAUCUACCAUCACCACCACCGGCACCAGGAGCACCAGCAAGAUCAGCACCGGCGGCGGCGCCAGCAACAGCAGCAGCAGCAGCAGCAGCAGCAGCGCCGGUGCCAGGCCUCCUCCGCUACCACCGCGCCCCGCGUUGCCGCCGCCCUUGCCCCCGCGUCCGGGGGCGGGUAGCGUCGGCGUACCGACCGCCACGGGCGCGACUACACCAGUAGCGGCGCCAGCGGCGCCAGCGGCGGCGACUCCUCUAGCGGGUGAAGCGGAGAAGAAAAACAACAAGCCGCGGCCACCGACACACCUCGACAGCGGUACGGGGCAGGCCGACCGCCGCUCGUCGGAGGGCUCCUACAAUAGGCGGCCGAGAUCGCCCCAGGGGGAAGCGGCGGCAGCGGCGGCGGCGACUAAUGAAGGCGUUUGCGGGGCUGGGGGCCGUCUCUCGGCGUUCGCGUCAACGUCUGCGGUACCGUCGACGAGAGGCGGGGUAGGGGCGGCGACCGGGGCGGCCGGGCCGGGGGCGGGAGAAGGCGGUAAAGAUUCCCGGGAUCGGGCCUGCGUGCGGGUGACGGUGACAACGGAGAUGAGCUACAAGAUCUGUGACGCUAAUCCUUCCAACGAGGACGAUGCAGUGAUCGCGGUCGUGACGGGCGUGUUCGAGAGAGUGUUCAGGGUGGGCGUGAGCGGUGCGGUUCAAGGGGUUCAGCCGACGGACGAGAACCCUAUUGUUGGGAUAAAGCUAGAACGGUGACGAGGGUCAAGCCUGGAUCAGUCCUUUCGCCUGCCCCCCAUCAAAAGCCCUCGUCUGGUGUCGCCAACGGUUCGGAGCGAAUUUGAAUAUAGCACAGACGGCGGCGGCGGAGAGGCGGGCGGGCGCGGCGUCAUACUCAACAUUUGUAAAUUAAUUACUCGUGUGUUCAGUGUGCGUUUUAGUUAUAUUUUAGGCUUUGGCGCUUGGUAGAUGUUUUUCAUCCAAAGUUACAGCAUUAUCCCAUCUUGUUUUUUUCUUGUCGCCUGUCGUACAAUACCGUUUGCGUCCCCCCCCCCCNGGGGGGGGGGGGGGGGGGGGGGGGGGGGGGGGGGGGGGGGGGGGGGGGGGGGUAGGCGCAACACAGGUUUAUAAUACUUCGUGUUUUGUGCAUAUUUGGACGUUAUGUGUUGCACAAAAAAUCCCGCACGACCUGUUCGCGGGGGGGAUGUCGGGCCACACGCAUUUGUAACAAUAACCGUUCCUCAGACUUGAGCGCGUCCACCUCUCGACCUAAAUUUCUCCAGCUUUUUUUAGUGGUAUCUCUCUCUUGUUGUCGUGUAGUGUAGACUAUGCCUGGUGUGUGCUUGUGAUUCUUGAGGAGGAGGGGGAGGAGGAAGAGGAGGAGGAGGAGGAAGAAGUGGUGUUGCUGUAGUUUGCGGGAACCCGUCUUUCCAGCCUGAGAUGGACUGACUGGCGGUCGAUCUGGGGCAGCGGCGCUUACCCUUGACGACAAUACACUUGGGAUGUACUUUCUAGUUGGCUGAGGGAUGGGGGGGGUGGGGGGGGGAGGGGGACCCAAAGUGUUCACGUGUGCCGUCGUGCGUUGUGUUUAUUAUUAGUAUAGACCACGCUGACCGGCUGACCAAUGAAAAUGCGUCAGUCUCAGGUGCGGUUGAAAACAGAAAACGUGUGUAUGUUUUGGUUGAAGUAGCUUCGACCGAGCUAGCUGGCCGACUGACCGAUGAAGAGACGUCAGUCUUUCAUGGCGAGACAAAAAAAACGGUGUCGGGGGGGGGGGUCCCAAGAAGCGGAUCGGGGUCUCGUGUUUUUUCGACGACCUCCUCGUUGUCCAGCGUAAAGCGACUGAACGUCGAAAGGGCGUGUUUUCGUCGCUAGAGAUGAUUUUUUCAUUUGAUGACUAAUUGUUAAGUCCGCGUUUGUAUGCAUAUGCUGUACAAUACAAAUAGCAGUGCUGCGGCGUGCGUCACGGUGUGUUGGUCAUUUAGCCCUGUAGUGGUCGGUAGACGCACUUGAUUCUAGAUUAUGUUGGCUGAGAGCCGCCUGUUCAAUGUACCAGUAAAGUAAGCACGUGUGUGUCUGCAUGUGGCCUCUCUGUUUCUUCGCCAUCGAUCGGCCACCAGCGGAGUUGUCAAAAAUUGUGAGUUCCGGUCAGUCGUUCUCUCUCACUACAGUAACCAGGAGGAAGGAACGGGCGAGAUCUUGAUGUUCGAUGAAUAUACCGUGCCUACCCUGUGAUGAACGCUCUCUC